UGGAAGUGUUGUGAUGAUUUUUCCGCCUGUUCCAGGAGAGUUCACCGUUUUUCUUUGUUUACAGGUUCACCGUGUUGUCUCGUGAAAAAGUUUGACUUGUUUCAGGUAACCAAACAUCAGACGAGUCGUUACCUGUGCCGCCAGACAUGCAGACAGAGAAAGAGGAAGAGGAUGAUACAUCAGUUGAAGAGUAUGUUGCCCUGUCUAGUUUCACUGGAAGUGGCGGAGACCAGCUGAGUUUCACCAGUGGAGACAGACUGCUGGUUCACGCCAAGCCUUCAUCAGAGUGGUGGUGGGCAGAGCUGCAGGGGGUCAAAGGUUAUGUCCCUGCCGGCUACCUGCACCAGGAGGCUGCUGCUGAGGGGGAGGACUCCUCCCUGGAGGACCCGUGGCAGGAUGAAGAAUACUUUGGCAGCUAUGGGACUCUGAGGCUUCACUUGGAGAUGCUGUCAGAUAAAAGUCGCACUGAGACGUACCGGAAGGUUAUUCUCAGUAACAGCGAGUUUCUGAGGAAAAAGGUGGUGAUGGACCUCGGCUGUGGGACCGGCAUUAUCAGCCUGUUCUGUGCUCAGCUGGCUCAGCCCUCAGAGGUGUUUGCUGUGGAGGCGAGCUCCAUGGCGGAGUACACCAGACAGCUGGUGAAGCAGAACGGCUGCGAGGAGGUGGUGACGGUGCUGCAGGGACGAGCCGAGGAGAUCCAGCUACCGGAGCAGGUGGACGUGCUGGUGUCUGAGUGGAUGGGCAACUGCCUGCUGUUUGAGUUCAUGGUGGAGUCCGUGCUGCUGGCCAGGGACCGCUGGCUGAAGGAAGGAGGAGUGAUGUGGCCCUCGUCUGCAGCCCUCACUCUGGUUCCAUGUCAGGCCGACAGCUACUAUGCAGAGAAGAUGUCCUUCUGGGAGCAGCCCUACGGCCUGGACUUCACUCCUCUACAGCCCUUGGCGCAGCAGGAGUUUUUCACCAAGCCAAAGUUCAGCCACCUCAUCGAGCCGGAUGACUGCCUCGCCGCUCCCUGUGAUGUCUUCGGUCUGGACAUGUACACUCUGCAAGUCAAAGACCUGGAGGAAAUAAAGGGUCAGUUUCAUUUUUGUGUGGAGAAGUCUGGUGUUUUCCAUGGAUUCACCGCCUGGUUCACUGUUCAUUUCGAGAGCCUGGAGACGGGAGGUGCAACAGUGGAGCUGAACACGGGGCCUUACUCUGAGCCUACACACUGGAAGCAGACUCUGUUCAUGCUGGACAGGCCAGUCAGUGUGUAUGCCGGAGACUCCAUCAGUGGAACGGUUCUCCUGCGCAGGAACCCGGUGUGGAGACGCCACAUGACUGUCACCCUGCAGUGGAGCAUUAACAGCAGCACAGAGGACACAGACAACUGCCAGGUUGGGACAAAGAGUUUCCCCAUGUGGAGGUGACAGAGUCCAUCAGCGGUGGAGAUCCACAGGGAAUAGUUUAACACAUCUUCUGUUGAGUUUAGGGUCAGUGAGGUAUCCGCUGUGAGCUGCUACUGACCUGGAAUGAAGUGUGAAGAUCAACGGAGGCUCAUGGUGGCCCAACAUGGACCGUGUUAUCAAGGCAGAAUAACAAAGAAGAAGUUCCAUGCUAAGUAUGAACUGUGGAGCUUUAGUGUAACUUGGACCUUAGUGCUCAAAAGACGUCUUUUUAAAAAAAGACAAUGGCUGUUGACUGAAACAACAAAGAGCUUUAACCCUUUAUUGGGCGAAGAACCGUAUUUGGUAACUUCGGUGGGGGGAGGUAAUAUUUAGAGAAAAAAGUUGCAAAUUUACUCGAUUAAAGUGGCAAAUCUACAAGAAAAAAAGUUGCAGAUUUAAGAGAUUUAAAGUGGCAAAUCUACACGAAAAGAAGUCACAGAUUUACGAGAAAAAAAGUGGGGAAAAAAGCAAUUUUUUUCCUCGCAGAUUCACCACUUUAAAUCUCCUAAAUCUGCGCAUUUUUUUCUUGUAGAUUUGCCGCUUUAAUCUCGGGUCCGUAUGGUUUUUUUUUACACAUUCUGGCAGUAUGUAAUAUCUUCUAAUAUUCUCUAGGGUUGAAAUUUGGAAUUUGCAAGUACUUCAAUGAGUGCCCUAUUAAGGGUUAAGCAGGUAGUGCUUCAGUCCUCCACACUAUACUUUUAUGUUUAUUUUUACUCUAUGUGUGUUCUGUUUUACAAUGGGCAUUUUAUGUACAUUGUUGGUAAAUUGUUCAAGUGCUGUAGGCAUUUAUGGGUUUAGAAAACAACAUUAACCAUGAA